CGCGCGCUGUUGUUCGCUCGCUCCCGCGUCGCCUGUCGGUCCCGCCCUCCCUCGCGGUGGCCGGCGGGCGGGCGGGGGCGCGCGCGCGCGCGCGGUGCGUGCGGGGCUGGCACGCGCGCUGUUGUUAUUGGUGCCGCGGCGGCGGCGGCUCAGUCAGGGAGUUCUUUAAAGAUGGCCGGAGCGGCGGCGGCCGCCGCGACCCCCGUGUACUGCGUGUGCCGGGAGCCCUACGACGUGAGCCGCUUCAUGAUCGAGUGCGAUAUCUGCAAGGACUGGUUCCACGGCAGCUGUGUUGGGGUAGAGGAGCACCAUGCUGUUGACAUUGAUCUAUACCAUUGUCCCAACUGUGCAAUCCUUCAUGGACCUUCUCUAAUGAAGAAGAGGAGGAACUGGCACAGACAUGACUACACCGAGUUGGACGAUGGUUCCAAACCAGUCCAGGCUGGAACACGAACCUUUGUUAAACAGCUGCGGGCUCGCUCUUUCCCAAGUGCUGAUGAAGUCAUUUUGAAAAUGCAUGGCAGCCAGCUGACACAAAGAUAUUUGGAGAAACAUGGGUUUGAUGUUCCAAUUAUGGUUCCUAAAUUAGAUGGUCUGGGGCUCAGACUUCCACCGCCAACUUUCUCCGUUUUAGAUGUGGAACGCUAUGUAGGUGGUGACAAAGUGAUAGAUGUAAUAGAUGUAGCAAGACAAGCAGACAGUAAAAUGAAGCUCCAUAAUUAUAUUAAAUAUUUCACAAAUCCUGACCGACCAAAAGUAUUGAACGUGAUCAGCCUGGAAUUCUCAGACACAAAGAUGUCUGAAUUGGUGGAAGUACCAGAUAUUGCCAGAAAGCUUUCAUGGGUGGAAAACUAUUGGCCGGAUGAUUCUGUCUUCCCUAAGCCUUUUGUUCAGAAGUAUUGUUUGAUGGGUGUCCAGGACAGCUAUACAGAUUUUCAUAUCGAUUUUGGAGGAACAUCAGUUUGGUACCAUGUUCUCUGGGGUGAGAAGAUAUUCUAUUUGAUCAAGCCUACUGAUGAAAAUUUGGCUCUGUAUGAGUCUUGGAGUUCAUCUGUAACCCAGAGUGAAGUAUAUUUUGGGGACAAGGUUGACAAAUGUUACAAAUGUGUUGUGAAGCAAGGACACACUUUAUUUGUUCCAACAGGCUGGAUUCAUGCUGUGCUCACAUCUCAGGAUUGUAUGGCUUUUGGAGGAAACUUUUUGCACAACCUCAACAUUGGCAUGCAGCUCAGGUGUUAUGAAAUGGAGAAGAGGCUAAAAACCCCAGAUCUUUUCAAAUUUCCUUUCUUUGAAGCCAUCUGUUGGUUCGUGGCCAAAAAUUUACUGGAAACUUUGAAAGAACUGAGGGAAGAUGGUUUCCAGCCUCCAAGUUACUUAGUGCAAGGAGUGAAGGCUUUACUUACUGCUUUAAAAUUAUGGAUGAAAAAAGAACUUGUAACAGAACAUGCCUUUGAAAUUCCAGACAACAUUAGACCUGGGCAUCUCAUAAAAGAGCUUUCAAAAGUGAUUCGCUCUGUAGAGGAGGAAAACAGCAAACCAGUUAAAACUCAGGGAAUUCUUGGUGUAUGUCCAACUUCACGGUCUACAUAUGAAGGUACCUCCCCUCACCAUUCCAGACGAAGGGUGAGGAAACUGCGAGACCAUGCUACCAAAACUCCUUCUAAUCUUGACAUCCUGGAACUCCACACAAGGGAGGUACUGAAAAGACUGGAGAUGUCACCGUGGGAGGAGGAUACAGCAAACUCAAAACUGAAUGGGAGAUUUAACAAGCCGUUUCAGCCAUCUUCUACAGUACCUGAAUGGCGAACAAAAGACAAUGAUCUUCGCCUUCUGCUGUCAAAUGGAAGAAUAAUUAGAGAUGAGAGACGGCCAUUUACAGAUCGAAGUCUUUACACAGCAGACAGUGAAGAUGAAGAUGACAGGACAAGGUCGAAAAAGACAACUGUUAAGAUAGAAGACCAGACCUCAGGAUUUGAAGGAGAAGGGAAUGCAGAUGCCCCAAAACCACUGAACAUGUUCUUUGAAAGUGUGAAAUCAGAACUCAGGAAUGGAUCCUCAGAGUACUCUGAUAUUUCUGAUUCAGAAGAAUCUGAGCCUGAUUGCACUACACAGCAGAAGGAUUCCUCCACAGAGGAGUCAGAAAGCUCAGGUGAUGAAGAGAAACAGGAAGUAACAUCAAAUUUCAAAGAGGAAUCUAAGGUUACAAGAGACCUUUGUCAAACUACCCAGAAGCCAUCUAGAAAUGAAACUCCCAGUAAAAAGGAAUGUCCUACCUCGACAAGUACAGAAGAAGAAGCUAUUCAGGGCAUGCUUUCUAUGGCAGGAUUGCACUAUACCACAUGUUUACCAGGUCACACACAAAGCACAGACUGCACAGAUAAAAGACACUCUCUUCAGGAACACAGAAGGUACCCCAGAAGUAGGCAUAAAGACAGACAGCCAUCUCAGAGCCACAAAACAGUAGAAUGUGGUAGGUCUGGGAGGGAAGAAGAAAGAGACCUGGGGACUUCAGCAUGGGCUAGACAGCUGAAUGAAGCUUCCAGGAUUACCCCUCAGGAUACAAAUAAAAUGCAAAAAUAUGUCAAGAAAGAGGGUGCAUCAGAAGCCAGUCAUAAGGUUCAGGAAAACAGGAAUAUAGUCCACAACAAUGGCUUGAGUUUUCAGCAUGGCAAGUAUACUCGAGACUCCAAUCUAAUUCAAGGAGAAUGCCAGCUGAGUGAUGGCAGUCUUAGUCCUGACAGGCCGUAUGGUGAAACAUCCUUGUCUAUACCGCUUCAUCCAACCAAGAGGCCAGCAUCAAAUCCACCCCCUAUCAGCAACCAGGCGACAAAAGGCAAACGUCCAAAGAAAGGAAUGGCAACUGCUAAACAGCGCCUUGGGAAGAUUUUGAAGCUGAACCGAAAUGGCCAUGCACGCUUCUUUGUUUAAUGUAGCUGCUACUUCUACUACUGCUGUCUUUCCUACACAGACCAGUAUUGAGGUCAACAGAGCCUGGAGCUGCUGUUAAUCCUCUGCUUGAAGCAGACUUGCAUGUACCAUAUAAAACACUGCCUGAUGAACAAAAAAAACCCAAUGCUGCAUUUUCACUGUGCCACACCUGCUCAGCAAUAACCAUAUGGGAACGGGGAAAUCUUCAGAGAGACAUGGACUUGAGAAACAGUCUCUCAUCAGGGCUUGAAUAUCAUUUGUUUCUGGUAGUGUCUGACCUAGUUCAUGAGGGGAAGAUGAUGAAGGUGGUUUAUCAAUAAUUUAUUUCUGAUAGAUUUUUGACAACUUUUAAAUUCAUUUUAAAAACCUAUUUAUUUGGAAGACUUUUUUGUGGGGGUUAUUAAUUUAGAUUUAAGAAUGUGAAAGUUUUUAAUUGUUUUGAUAGUGUAUGUUUGGUGCAGUGGAGAGCCACAUUAAUGGUGAUUAGUCUGGACUCCUAAAUUUGAUAUUCAGGUUAUAGUCUUAAAUAGGGGUGAGAUGCAUUAUUAAUUAUUUUUUAAAUUAAGGCAUAUGGAAUCUUAUUUUUUCCUGCUCUUUAUAAGCUAUUGGCUGGGCUGUUGUUGACUUGUAAGGUGCUUAUUCUCUGCCAGCUUGAUUAUUUUUUGACCUGUCCUCUUUUAUACAGAUUUAUUUAUUUGAUGAACUAGAAGAGACUCUCCUAAAAACAGAAGAAUCUUCUUAUGUCAGUCCAGUAGCUAACUUGUUUUAAACUGCACCCCUUUCCUUCAAAUUGGAGUUUAUACUUUUACUCCUGGUGUGAUGUUUGAUCUAGCCAUGAUGGUUUUCUCCUGUAAAAAAGACUCCCUGAAAUUGUAUUUAUACAGAUUAUCUAAAUGUUGGUACAGAAGAGGGAAUCUUCGUAUGUCUUAUCGGAGGAAUGGGGAGAUGAGUUAAGAUGCAUAUUUCUUCAGAACAGUUAUUCUGAAAUAACUCUUAAGAUAGACGUGGUAGUCUUAAGAUUUGGCAUAUUACUUAAUGUAGCAUGGAAGGAGCAUUAAAAUAUUAUUAUUGUACUUUAAAUACAUUUUACUGAGGAGUCAGGAAGGCAGGAGAAUGUGUGUUGCUUUCAAAGCUGGACAUGACAGCCAAUUAAAAGUCUUAAAUGGUGCAUAUAUAAGCAUUAAGUAGCUUACUGGUAUCAGAAUGUUCAUUUGUGUCAGGCUUCACACAGAGCUGAUAGCAAAUGCCAAUUCUGAAUUAUUGUAAAUAACUUUGAUUUUAAAUUUGUAUUUUUCUGUAAUAUAAAAUUAAAUAUUUAACUUUUGGGAAAUGGGAAUGAAGGUGGAAAGGGGAAUACUUUUACUUGAUUCUGGAAAAGGGCAUUUUGCAGGGUCCAGCCAAAAUGAAAACAUUUAAUAUGCUAGUUUGGUAAGUUUUGAUUUUUUUUUUUUUUUUUUUUUUUUUUUUUUUUAGAAAAAAUGCUUGCUAAGAGUAAAAAUACUCAGGCUUAGCUGUCCAUUUCAUUGGAUUAUUUUGAAUUUACCUACCAGUUUUUCCUUCCUCCAUAUUCUAUACUGGAGUUUUCUCUUGCUGUAGUUUAAAAACAAAUUCAGUUUGGCUUUCCAGAAUAUUUGUGCAGAGUUAUUUUUAUCUAGACUAGAUUAUGAAUGCCUUUAGAAAUUUAUGGAAGAAGUUCUGAUGUCAGGUGUUGUUCAUUAUUGCAGGGUCAAAACUGUUCAGCGCUAUGCUACCUUGUUUCUAAAUUGAGAAAUAUCAAAAUAUAAUGUAAUUGCAAAUAAGUCAGUAACUUUCAUGGCUUAACUUCCUCUAGAGCUUGAAAGUGGGAUCUUCUGAGUGUUCUUGGCAGCCCUGCUUUUACACUAUGUUGACUUGACUUUACAGGGUGUGUGUGUGUGUGUGAUUUUUUUUUUUUUCUUUUUCUGUUUUCUAAUUAUGGUUUCACAAAACUAGGACCUCCCCCUCCCCAUUUGGCAGUGGAGAUAAGAUUACUAAAUAGCAGAAGAUAAGCUAACAAUUUCUGUAGAGAUGCUGAAAGUGACCAUAACUACUUGCUUUUUCUCAGGUGCUACAUUUUCCAGUUGGAAAUAGUCAAGAGAGAAUACUUAUGGGUCUUCUCAUACGUGUUGUCAAUGUAAUUUAAAAUUAUAUGCCCUUAUAAAUGUUCUCCUUGUUUAAGCUUGAGCAAAUUGUUUCAUGCCUGCCAAGCUUUGAAAACUGUUCUAGCUUUAGUAUAUAGAACCAAACUACUUUCUUCUUGCUGGCUGUUUAAUUUUUAAAUGCAGAAGAUUCCUGGUUAGGGCAGCAAGCAAAAUCAGAGGGGGAUGAAGAAUGAGUGUUCCUUAAAGGCAGAUUUUUGAGGAUGCUAAUCUGAAGUAGAAGUAUAUGCCAGAAUAGAAUCUGGAGUAAGGAAUUUUGAAAUAUGAAUUAUGCCUUCUUGCUGUCUAUGUGACAUAUAAGAGGUCUCUUUUCUGACGAUCUUCAUUAUUUAUCUGUAUCUUACUGCUGGAACACAGACUUGGCUGGACCCAUGUAUAUUAUUUUGUCUUCUUUUCAUUCUUUAUUCUUCUUUCUCCCUUUUUUUCGAAGUGGCUCUCCACUGUCGUGAGUUUAUGUAAUAGCCUCUUCAUAGGCUGUCAAGAGGCAGAGGUCUGUUACCAUUUUCUUCAGAUAUUCAUGCUUCCACCAGAAGUCUACUUUUAAAAUUUCAAUGUUCCACCUCAAAAAAAGGUUAUUUAAAAGAAUUUGCCAUGAUAAACUAGUAUUAAAAAAAAAGGAAAAAAAAAAAAAGUCUCCUGAUAGCUCAUGAAGAUGAUGUGGUGACCUCACUUGCUUUGUGUACUUGUAUGUAGGAAUAUUUUUAUUGUGUUCUAGAUGAAAACACUACUGCACUGAUCUUUUUGUAGAAGGACUGAACCUUGUGUUGUAGUAGUGGAGAGAGAAAGCUGUAUUUGUUUUUUUCUUGAUGUCACACUCUAGGGAUGGAGGAGGAUUAUAAGGGAGGGAGUGGGGAACACUGAAUGGACAACCCAGAGAAUUAAGCUGAUAAUUACGGUAACUAAUUUUCAAGGAGAAUAUUUUCAAAAAAGUCAAAGAACUUGGAUUUGACAUAAAACUUUAACUUUUUUUGGUUGACAGGCAGACAGAACAAUAGGAAAUGAAGUAAUUAGGAGUUUUACCAUUCUCUAAGUUCUCAAGUUCCUGCAUUAAAAAAAAAAACACAUGAAAAUGAAAAGACCACCUAGAAACUAUUAUCAAAGAUUCUUCCAGCAACCUUCCCUUUACUCCUCCUACUAUACUUGCUAAUAAACCCUGGCUAUAGGGUAGCCUUUAAUGACCUCUGAGGUAGAUUACCUAUGCAACCUAUAAUACUCUACAUGAAUCCAUUUUUAAAAACAAUUUUGAAAGGGUUAGAUGUUCCGAGUUACAACUGUUACUUUCUGAUCACAUAGAGGUUUUGGGAGUUUUGUUUUUUUCUUUUUUUUGGGGGGGGGGGGUAGUUGAAAUUCUUAUGUUACCUUUAAUAGAGAUAAGAGAGCACAGUGUCAUGAUCACCUUUUAGAGAGCUUCAGCCUUCCCUACGCUUUGCUAUGUGGCAUAAGCUAUCCUCAUUCACAAGGCCAUGAAGUUGUAAAUGUUGAAACUUUUUGCAGGAUUUCAGAGUCAGUGCUGAAAUGUAUCUUGCUAACCCCUGUUUGGUAAUUGCGGAGACUAAGCAGAGCUGAAGCUAGAAUGAACUGGUACUAUAACUAGUGCCCCCUUUAGGCUCCACAUGCCCAUGUCUCCCUUUAUCUCCCUCCCCACCCCAGCCCAAAUCUAGUGUCUUUUCAGAGUUCAUUCACAUAAUACUUCCAGACCAUUAAAAGCUGUUUGUGGCUUCUGGGAUUGAGUCAGCCCAGAGCUGCUCUAUUUCACAGAAGAAAUAUAAAUGGAACCAAGGGCCUUACUGUUUGUGGUUAAACAAGAUUAAAAGCUGCAACAUCCAUUUUUCCAAAAAACAAGAAGCAGAAAAAAAGAAAAAAAACCCAAAUAACCCAAUUUUUGAGAGCAAAUGAGUGAUAAAUCAUGCAGUGGAUGGGAAAUAUAAGUAGCACUGAUAACGAAAUGCAUGUUUGUCAUAUACUGCAUUUCUUUUUGGAAAAAAAGACUUUUUUCUACUUUAAUAUAAAUUAAGCCAUAAGAGUUUCAUGUUGUGGGAAGGGAAUGAAAGGGAUCACUUUAAGAGAUUAUAUUGAUAUGUAUUGUCACUUAUGCCGGGAAAUGUCUAUUGUUGCCAAUUCGUUGGCAUAUCUUUCUUUAAAAAAAAAAAAGAAAAAACAUGAAAUUUGAAAAAAGGGGAUAGUUCUUGGCUAUAUUUACUAGUUUUGUAGUAAUGUUUUGCUGGCCUGUUUGUCUUUUCCUCUCCUUUUUCUACUCUCAUAGUCUAAUUUCUGUCUUUCUGAUGUCUCUGAAAAUACUAGCUUGUCUGCUUAGUAGGGGUCAGUGUAUGUGUGUCUUCCUUUUUAAAGAAACGCACUACUGUGUUAAGUAUUUGGCUGGGAAAUGGGAUGCUGCAGCUUUAAGAGCAUUUUUUUCAAUUCAUAACAGUAUUUCCCAUCCUCUUUUGCCUGCAGGCAGGGAAAGUGUAUGUACAGUAUUUAUUUUGUUUCAAUUUUACUUUAAAUUUGUAAGUUUCUAUAAGUAGUUCGCAUUGAUUAUUCUAGGGGAGGACAAGUGGCUUUGUUUAAAUUUGUAUUUGAUAUUCAUAGUUUCCACUUUCUGUACUUUAAAAUACUGAAAUUAAAAAAUUGUAUUGCUUAUGUUUUGAUUUUAGCACUCUAAAGUGUUUAAUUUCUUCAGACUUCUCAUUUGCUUCAGUGUAAAUACAGAAAGUUGUAUAGAAUGUCUUGAGGAGAAAAAUGUUUUUCUAGUUCUGAUUUCUGUGCCCUUUAUUCAUCGCUUUCUUAAGAUGACUCUUACUGGAGAAAUGUGAGAGGGAAUAUUCUCAUAUUCUUUUUAUUUCUCGAAGUGCAAAUUUCAUUUCAAUCCGAGUAUAUUAUAUGGCAACUAAAUGCAUUUUGUGAAGAUGUAUAUAUUCUUUCUGAAUCCUAAUAUAUAAGGGGAGAUGAGGAUGUUCUGUGGUUCAUCAUAUUAGAGAUCUAGAGAAAUAGGUAUAAAUUGUAAGCAGGGUGUCAAAAGAAAUGUUAUUUUCAUGUUCUUCUUGCUCUUGGUUUUUGUUCAGAUUUGCCUCAUGCUUCUGAUGACUGACUCAUUUCUCAAUUCUUUUUUCCUUUAGUGUGCUGUUCCUGGUAGAAGAGAUUUCUCUUGCACCCUUUUGCUCAUUUUGUCUUGCUUGCUUUUAUCCUGGGUGGCUUCUUUGCUGAUUUCUCCCACAACAUUUAAGCUUCUGUUUUACAGUCUUCAGUGCUCCCUGUUUUGACUCCAUAUGACAGUGCAGUGUUUCUGGGUGGGUGCUCUGCUUGGGGGUAAUGGAAGCAUUACUGUGUUGCAUUCAGAUUUAGUGUAACACCUUUUCUUCUCUGGUAAAUUGUGUGCCAUGCUACUGAGCUUCAGUGCUACAUAUGGACAGAUGCUUAGGUUCCAGUGAUGGCUGUUUUAUGAGAGCCUUGGAUAAACGAUGCAGCAAUGGGAUUGGAAGAACCAGAUGGCAAAAGGUGUUUGAUUUGAGCAUCCUAAGCAGCUGCUCAAGUUUUCUUCUUGGGCUGUUCUGAGUUUACAAAAAAUAUACUAUCAGACAUAGUGUUCAGUGCUCACAGACGAGGACUCUGCUGUGCUAGGUGCUUUACAGACAAAGAACAAGCAUGCUGUCCUUGUCAAACUGUAUGCUGCUCAAGUAUAAGAUUGAAAUAGUUGUAAAAAAUAACAACAAACUAAUGAGUUCUGUGGCCUAAAGUGUAAAACAUGGUAGUUUUCUAAAUUUGGGGGUAGAAACUUCUCUGCUUUUUCAAAACAAAUUUAGUUUGAGUGGAGUAAAAAAUCAUGAGGAAAAAUUGUAAUUUAAGUACCAAGGAUAAAGAGUAAAUAUUUAAAUGUACAUAAAUGAGCUCCUGGUUGUAUUUUAAUGUGCCUUUUAUACUUCUUGAUCAUGUGUGUUAAAACCCAUUUUAAAUUUGGUUAGCCAGAGAUGUGCCAAAGAUGUGAAGAGCUGUUAGUCUAUCAGAGCAAUCAUAUAUUUUAAAAAAGCAUUCAUCACUGUGAUUGGACAAAAACUAUGCUGCAACGUAGGCAUUUUCAUCAGAUAAAGUGAUUUGAAUUUCUCACAGUGAACUCACUGUUCAUAGUAAUGUUUUGAACUUAGUGGUAGACUUAACAGAAGAUAAGAGUGAGUCUCAGUGGGAUUCAAAUAAAUACCUAUAUAAAAACCCAUAUAACCAUAUUUACUGUAUGUCCUUUAGCCUUUACCAGUUAUACUCCAGAGCCUUUCCCUAUGACCACUGUUUGUUGGGUAGGAUAGUACACUAGAAAAUGCGUGGUAAAGAUCUAAAAGUGCUGCUUUAAAUGCUAUUGGAUAGCCUUCAGCACCUGGAUCAGCAUUUCCGUAUUUCCUUUAACACUGAGUGUUUCUGGUUUUCUGCUUUUCUAUUUGGGGAGGAUGGUAAAAUACCUGGAUUGUUCUCUCCUAAUGGACAGAUGGAUUUUUAAGGAUUUCAAGGCUACCAAAGAUCGCAAAAUAGAAUUUCUGUAGUCAAGGAAUGGGCAAGAUACCUUUCUCAGUAUCAGAAGAUUAAAGUGUUUUUUUAUUGGCUUUUUUUUUUUUAUUAUUUUAAAUCUGCACAUUUCACUGCAUUUGAGGUAGAGUCUCCUCAGUAGAGUGCCUACAACCUUGGCUUUGUGUACAUAUAGUGAGGUCAACUCUUUCUCUAAAGGGUUUGCCAUCACCUGCUGAAGUUGUGAAGGUAUUGUGUCGGCUAAUUAGUUUACACAUUCAAUCAAAUCUUUUUGUUGUUGUUUGUUUUUUUAGAUAUAACUUUGGAUUGCUCAUGGAAACCUGGCUAGUAGGAUGAAUACAGGGAAGUGAAUCAUGCUCAGUCUUGGUUUCUAUAGAAACAUUUUUUUUCUUUAUGUAGAAGUAUUUCUCCUGGGAGCCUUUGAAUUUAUACUUUUACCACUGGUAAGUAAUGUCAGCUGUCUCAAGCCAAAAGUUAAUGAGGACUGAAACAGAAAAGCUAGAAUGAUAUUGUUACUCACUUUGAUAUGACCAGGCAUUUUAAACACAUUUGUUUUUACAGCAGUCAACAACUAAAAUGUUCAUUUGCAGUAGAACUGGCUGGUGUUAAGACAAUGAAUGAAAUCUGUCGUUGUCAGAGCUCAUAAUAUUCCACCCUGCAGCAGAUUCAUAGGUCAGUUUACUUUGUCUAAACUAACAUCUGAUUUCUCUGAAGCCCAUUUUAUUUAGUCUUUAGAAUAAGUACUGCAAACUUGAAGAAUUGUGUUUGGCUUAAUAGAUCUAUUUGUCUGUACUCUUCCUACUGUAUUUACUUUGGUCGUGGAAAAAAUAUUCUUUGGAACAUACAAGUCAACUAAAAGUACCGUAUACAAAGA